GUGCAGGACUCUCCCUGCUCAUAUGGGAUUCAUAGUUUCAGCAUCACUCUAUCCACAGUUUAACACAUUAACUAGACGAGCUAAAGACAAGGUUCAUAUUUCAGAUUGAUGAAAUUACUUGGGAAUUUUACAUCUAGAGUCCAGCAUAUAGAAAAGCAACAAAAAUGCAGAAACGUUAAUGUAAAUUUAUGGAGACUUUAAUUUGUUUCUUCACAGUGCAUCAUGCUGGUGAAGGUGAGAUUUGGAGAAAUCCAGAAGUAUGUCAAAGUGGCUCAGACCAAUGAAGGCUAUGAGGACUUCAACACAUUUCUUCAGAAAGUCAUUCAAAAGCUAGAUCUUCCACUAGAGACUGAGUUGCACCUGACAGAUGAAUCAGGGACAGAUGUGGAUGCAGAUGUGUUUGAGGAGCUUUUGCGAGCAGGCAACCUUACUGUUAGAGUGACAUCUGAAAGGUCAACAGUUUUACUUCAGCCUGAUCCAUCGAAGACUUCAGUUGAGUCAUCCACUUCAGUCAGUUCAUUUCCAUCUGCGUUUGGAGACUCCUUUUCCUCUGAUUCAUCAGAUGCAACAGUCAUAUUUGAGAAAAAUGGAGGGAGAAGAACCCAUUCUGAAUGGGAAUCAGCCAAGGAGACGGUGAGAAAUGCUCUUCAAGCCAAACCGGGGGGGCAAGUCAUUUUUGAUGAAUAUGAAAAAACAAAAAAGUUGAAGGAUAGCACACGGAGGAAGUUGGUAAAUCUUCUUGUGGCUGACAUGGUUGAAAUUCAUGGGAGAAUCCCACCAGUCUCUGUCCGAAGGAAAUAUGCUUUGGGUAUCAUCUCUCUAUUUCCAAGCCUCAGAGAUCCAUACUCAGACAAUGGAUAUGAACACUUCUAUGACCCACAGAGUGGAUCUGGAUACCUGGCCUGGAGGUUAAAGACUGUUCAGCGCAACUCUGCAGCUCAGUCCCGGAGAUCCUCCACCAACACUGUCCAUCAAGAUAGUCCGAAGAGAAGGAGGGAGUUUCUCACCCAUGAUAAGCAGCUGCUCGGUGAUGAAUGUCAUGAAGCAGUAUCGUUUUUGAAACAUUCAACUGAUGUAUCAACAAUCAAAGAGAAGAUGAGGGCCACAUUUCAGUACCGCCAGUCGCUGGUGCAAGAUCAGAGGUCCUCUUUAACGGUCUUGGAUGUCUUCCCAAGAUUUCUUGACAUCCCAGGCUUGAUCGAACAAGAUUUCAUACAAAUGUUUGGAGAGGAAGUGUCUGGAAGAUUUUUGGCAAGAUGGCCCACAUUUUUCAAAGCUAGGAUCCUGGCUGACUGCAAGAACAUGACUUCCAAUGAGCACAUUGAGAACCUCUUGUCCAUGCAGCAAGACUCCAGUGGUUUGGGUAAGUUUUACUCGCUGGGAUAG